AAUCCACUUCCGGUGUCCUUGACCUCUGUUAUUUGUCAUUGUUGCAAGCGGUCUCUGUAAACAAAUCGAAAAGUAUAUUUCAAGAUUCGCCACUUUACAGGUGAACAUAGAGAUAUACCAAGCAUGGUCUAUACAGUAGAACAUGGGUUCAUCAGUAUCAAGAAGGAGGUCUAAGGAUCAUGAGUCUUCCAAAGAGAAACAUAACAGCAGUUCUGCUAUUCAGAAAGAACAUCAUACAGAAAGAAAACAAAAUAAUGCAGUCAGUUCAUUUUCACAACCGCAAGUGACACAUACUGAACCAGAAAAAAGCAAGAAGGAAAAAUCUUCACAUAGUACCAAUGGAGAUAGCAAUAGAAAUAUAACACCAGAGAUCAAGAGCGCAUCUGGAGAUGCUCUCACAGACAAGUGUCAAAAACAGAGAUAUGACAUGGAUGAAGGCACACACAUCAAAGGGCAGGUUGAUGAUUUCCCAAAUCAUGUCAUGUCUAUGUCUGACAUCAAAGUUGAAGGUGAUGUCACAUUAAGUAACCAUAGCAAUCCUAAAGAUGUCUUCAUAAGCCCAGAAGAUGUUGCCACAGAUCCAACACCUGAUGGUGAGGUCACUGCUGAUGAACUCUACAAUAUUUUGAAUGAAGGGAGAAUCGAUAUGUACCUCUACGAUCCUGGGUACAUAUUGCUAAUUGAUACGAGAACCUUGGGGGAGUACAACCAGGGGCACAUAAUUACAGCACUCCAUCACAGUAUGCUUUCGAACUUCAUGCUCACACAUACUCUCAGGGAUUACUUCCAUAUUAUACUUUAUGAAAAUGGGGAUGGUGACACUCCUGAUGAAUCAAGCAAUGUGUCCAAUGUCAAAAAUAAAUUUCCAUCUGAUUUGGAGAGUUUGAUUUUGCAAGGUGGAUUCAAAGCAUUUGAAAAGCGGUUCCCAUUUCUCUGUGGAGAAGAAUUGAUUCAUACAGAGAUGGAUCGACGUCAGAAAAUCCAAUCAUAUCCUUCCAUUAUCCUUCCAAACUUUCUAUACCAAGGAAAUGGUGAACAUGCAAUAAAUAACAGUGUCAUAAAUAACUUAAAUAUCACACACAUCGUGAAUUUAACCCAGGAUGUUCCAGCUAAGUUUGAAGGUCAGAUAAAGUAUCUCACGAUACGAUUGGAUGAUCUUCCUGGUUCCAAACUUGCGAAAUAUUUCAAGGCAAUAGACGAGUUCAUACGCAAUGCUGAAGAGCAUCAUGGUCGUGUAUUAGUCCAUUGUAACAUGGGGGUGAGUAGGAGCUCUACCGCCACGUUGUGCUUUCUUAUACAGACACGACACUGGCCCUUGGACCAGGCUUUAGCCCUCCUGAAAGAGAGGCGGAGCUGUGCCAGACCAAAUUAUGGAUUCUUAAAACAAUUAUCGCAGUUAGAACUGGACACAUUUGGAAAGAAAAUCACUGAUAUCGAUUCUAUCUUUUGAAAAUAUACAUAUAGAUUGCCAUUAUAUUCCAUAUAUGAAGGUGAUCACAUGCGACUACAACAUGUACAAUGCCACCAAAGAUAAGUUGUACAUAUUCCGAUUCACCAGAGUUUCUCUGUUAAUUUUCUAUUUAUACAUGUUACAUUCCCAGAUUAAGGGGAAACGCCACAAUAUAACAUGGCGAGUUGUACAUGAAACCAAAGAUGGAAGUGCCAUAAAUGUAUAUCAGCUGAUAUACCAUGUGUUUUCCAUAGAGGUUGAUACAGUUUAACUACUUUAAUUUCAUGUUUCUAAUCAGGGUGAAUUCCCAUUUUGUUAUCAAGGUUUCUACAUUUGGGCUGUAUAGAAAGUUAAAAGUGAGGUCAGACAUGUAAAUGUUUAGGCCUAAUUAAAAAUUACGGAACAACCCCUAUGGCCAAAACCUGGUUGGUACCCUGGCUAUUUUGUCAAUUUAUCAGAUUUGAUUUGUAUAUACUACUGAAUAAUAUAUUGUUUAUACUACUGAAUAUAAAUUGUGCCAAAAUCAAUGCUUAUGUAUAAUCUCACAUGAAUUUAUUAAAAAAUAUUAUUUAUGAUUUCGGCUCAACUGUAAUUUAUUCAUAUAUAUGCAAUUGCUAGCCAUGACGAAUGAUUUUACUGUAGUGUUGAUCACUCAUUUACAUUUAUAACUAUUGUUAUUCACAAUAAAAAAGAAGCAAUAUUUUAUCAGCAUUAUCACGAGUAUAUUGUAAUUAAUUUAUAUAUUUUAUUAAAAUGAUUAUUCACUUAUACUCAAAUUCAUAUACA